AAAACAACAAGAGACAUGCCUAGGUAUUUCGGAAUUUUAGAAGCGAUUAAGUAUGCAAAUAAACUUAAUUUGUUUUUCCAAACUCGUUAGAAAAAUGACAUGACUCGUUCGAUUUGGAUUUGGUGUUAGGUUGUGGAAACCUAGGAUACCUUGAUUUGCUCGUAGGACAAGUUCAAUGCAUUUGUUGUUGAUCUCUGAAUUAGUUUACUCGUAUUCGGCUAGAUAUAUUCGUUUUCAUCGGUGGUGUAUUUUGCGUAUUUUUUAAAAAAUAGUGCUCGUAUUUUCGCUUAAUCGAGUCGAUAAUAACUGUAAAAACGUUUCAUUCAUGUGCAGUUCUUGGCUGUGAUUUUUUUCAUGCAUGCUUUUGCAGUUACCAAUGUAAGUUGAUUCAGUAAUUCGAUUCAAAUCAAGUACCUAGAAAAAUACCAUAAAAAUGAUCUGCUGUUUGACCAUAGGCCAUGCAUUUUCCUGUACCACUUUGUUUAUUAGCGUUUUGAUUUUUCAGAUUCAAAACGUACGUGCUCACGGCAGACUGAUGGAGCCUCCGGCUCGAAAUAGUAUGUGGCGAUUCGGAUAUCCGAAUCCGGUCGACUAUAACGACAAUGAGCUGUACUGCGGUGGUUAUUCAGUGCAGUGGUCGCAGAAUGGAGGUAAAUGUGGCGUAUGCGGCGAUCCUUACCACUUUCCUACGCCCAGACCGCACGAAGCCGGCGGAGAAUUCGGAAGAGGUAUCAUCAGCAGACACUACUUCGCUGGACAAGUUAUUGAUAUUGUCGUCGAACUAACGACUAAUCACCGAGGAAGAUUCGAACUCUAUCUUUGUCCAAACAAUAAUCCAAAAUACGAAGCGACGCAAAGUUGUUUCGACAGAUAUCCGUUAUACAUUCAUGGCUCUCGAGAAGUAAGGUUUGUAAUACCGUCAGAUUCUGGUAAAAAAGAAACCUUUUACUACAGAGUUAGGUUACCACCAUAUUUGACGUGUACGCAAUGCGUUCUUCAGUGGACUUAUUACACAGGAAACAUGUGGGGUAAAUGCGAAAAUGGUACCGAAGGUUUAGAAUGCGGACACCCGGAGACGUUUAGAAAUUGCGCCGAUAUCAGAAUAGUGAGCAGCUCGUCCGGUAUACCUCCGCAAUUUUCAAAUUCGGCUACCUUGCUAUCCAGAGAAUUUGGUUUGAAAUCCGGUCCUCAGCUGUCGUACCCCAGUGUUGUUAGUUCGCAGGUGUGCAUGGCUAGUAAAAAGUUUCAGAUUAUUCACGGUAUGAAUAAGUGGUGCCAAUCCAACUGCGUGAAUUUCCCAUCCGUUUGUCCGAAAGAUUUUUGUACUUGUCCUGAGCAGUGUUCGGCCAUCGGAGAAAUCGCCGACGAACCUGGGGCAGAUGAGUAUUGCCAAGAUCAGUGUAUCGUGUACGGAGCUCAGUGUCCUAAGCAUCGAUGUGCCUGCGAAUAAAUCAUCUUCACCACUAGCUCGCCUAAAUUCGUAUUAAGAUUGUGAUAUGUAUUUUUAUAUAGCAUUUUACAUAUUAGGCCCAAUUUCGACUUUUGUUCUUUCUUCAUGAAUACAAUCGAAUACAUUGUACGAUGCUAUGGCUUUCGUAAAGUUCACAAAACCAUCAAAAAUUGUUGUUUUUUUUCAAUAUCAAAAAUGAAUCCAAACUAAAAACAUGAAAACGCAAUCCCUCAGUAAAAAAAAGUCGAAUCACAGAAGAAAAUUUUCAAAAUUGAAAACGUUCCAUUCCCAAUAUACCCCAUUUUGGUACCUAUUUGAAUGAAAUCAACUCAUAUGCCAAUUUCAACCACCUUCUCAUCUCUCUCAACUCGUAAAAAUUCAUC